GAACCUUUUUUUUCCUCUAUAAAAAGCUGAGCCACUUCCUCUGUUUCCCACAAAGCAGCUUCUGCAACCUAUUCGUUGGUUGGUUAAUAGAAGCUCUCUUUCUCUGUCUGUCUUUCUCUCUCAGAGAAAUGGCUCUUCUUCUAGUUUCUUCUUCCUCCUCCUAUGCCCUCAGAGUCACCAUUUUCUUGUCUUUCUUCUUCUUUCUCUGCAAUGGCUUCUCUUACCCUACUACUUCUUCUCUUUUCAACACCCAUCACCAUCGUCACCACUUGGCCAAGCACAACUACAAAGAUGCUCUCACUAAAUCAAUCCUCUUCUUUGAAGGCCAAAGGUCAGGGAAACUUCCUUCUAACCAGAGAAUGAGUUGGAGAAGAGACUCUGGUCUCUCUGAUGGCUCUGCUCUUCAUGUUAAGUGUUGUAUCAAUAUCGCCAAAAGAUUCAACCUUUUUACAUAACUCUACUGCAUCAAAAAACAGAGGAUAAAAUUAGGGUUUUUGUUUUUUCCCCCUUUUUUCUAAAAUCCCUAAUUUUAACAAAAUGGGCUUGCUUAGAAAGCUAUAGAUCUCAAGAUUCUCAACAAUGUAGGUUAAAUUCUGUAUCAAUAUCGUCAAAAGAUCAAAUCUUUAUUAGUUGUUUUCUUUCCCCUCUUUCCAAAAAAUCUCUAAUUUGUGUGUUUUGUUGAUUAGGUGGAUUUGGUUGGAGGGUACUAUGAUGCAGGAGACAAUAUCAAAUUUGGUUUCCCAAUGGCAUUCACAACCACAAUGCUUUCAUGGAGUGUAAUUGAAUUCGGUGGACUCAUGAAAUCUGAAUUACAAAACGCUAAAAUAGCGAUUCGUUGGGCUACUGAUUAUCUCCUCAAAGCCACUUCACAACCUGACACAAUCUAUGUUCAAGUUGGUGAUGCUAAUAAAGACCAUUCUUGUUGGGAAAGACCUGAAGACAUGGAUACUGUAAGAAGUGUGUUUAAAGUUGACAAGAACAUUCCUGGUUCUGAUGUCGCCGCUGAAACCGCCGCUGCUCUAGCCGCCGCCGCCAUUGUAUUCAGAAAAUCUGAUCCUUCUUACUCCAAAGUCCUCCUCAAACGAGCCAUCAGUGUUUUUGCAUUUGCGGACAAAUACAGAGGAACUUAUAGUGCAGGAUUAAAACCUGAUGUUUGUCCAUUUUAUUGCUCUUACUCUGGUUAUCAGGAUGAAUUGUUGUGGGGAGCUGCUUGGUUACAAAAAGCGACAAAGAAUAUAAAAUAUUUGAAUUACAUAAAAAUCAAUGGACAAAUCCUUGGAGCUGCUGAAUAUGAUAACACUUUUGGUUGGGAUAACAAGCACGCUGGUGCCAGAAUCCUUCUUACUAAGGCAUUUUUGGUUCAGAAUGUGAAGACACUUCAUGAAUACAAAGGUCAUGCUGAUAAUUUCAUCUGCUCUGUUAUUCCUGGAGCUCCUUUCUCUUCUACUCAGUAUACACCAGGUGGAUUAUUGUUUAAAAUGGCAGACGCCAACAUGCAAUACGUGACGUCAACAUCGUUCUUGCUCUUAACCUAUGCCAAAUACUUAACCUCCGCCAAAACCGUCGUCCAUUGCGGUGGCUCCGUCUACACUCCCGGUCGUCUUCGCUCCAUCGCCAAAAGACAGGUGGAUUAUCUUCUUGGAGACAACCCAUUAAGAAUGUCUUACAUGGUUGGUUACGGUCCAAAAUUCCCACGGAGAAUCCACCACCGUGGCUCCUCAUUACCUUGUGUUGCAAGCCACCCGGCCAAGAUCCAAUGCCACCAAGGAUUUGCAAUCAUGAACUCUCAAUCUCCAAACCCUAACUUCCUUGUUGGUGCAGUCGUUGGUGGUCCGGACCAGCAUGAUCGCUUCCCAGACGAACGGUCUGAUUACGAGCAGUCCGAGCCGGCUACUUACAUCAAUUCACCACUCGUUGGAGCUCUUGCCUACUUCGCCCACGCCUAUGGUCAACUCUAGUUUAGUAACGAGUGUGUUAGUUUAAGUAAAAAUAAAAAUGAAGGAAGUUUUAUCUUUGUUUUUACUUUUAUUUGUUAGUAAUGUAGUGGACCGAAAAUCGGAUCACAAGUGGACAUUGGUCCGAGGGAUGGUUUAUUUGGUUCGUUAUAAUAUAACGUCAAGUGUAAUCUUAUUGUGGUUAUUAAUGUUAUCAUCCUAUUAAUUACUAUAUCCAUGUCGUUAAUUUUUGAUAUGUUUAUAUGAUUUUUCAUAUUUUUGGG